GGGAGGUAUCACAAACUAAAAAUUACUGUAAAAUUAAAAAAAAUAAAAUAAAAUAAAAAAAAAAUUUCCCUCUUUUCUCUCUCUCUCUUUCUCUUUUUUUUAUUUUUCAAGCACUUUUUUUUUUUUUUUUAUAUUUUGUUAAUUCAUCUUUUUGCCAAUGUCUAGAUUACCCACGACUAGCCAGAUUGCGACUACACCCAGAAGACUGUCUAGACAACCUUCUUUGGAUUUAAGAAAGAGAAAGACCAUAUCAGAAAAUGUACCACCUGUACCAACAUUAACUAAAGCCCGUUCACGCUCUUUUAUAGGGGAUCAGCAGCAUACUUAUACAGCACUCAACACACCACGAAGUUCACUGAUCUCCCCUACUUCACUACCACCACCAUCAUCAUCAUCAACAACAGCACCACUACCAUCAUCAGGUCCUCCCUAUAUCGGUGACCGAGUGGCAGUGGAUUCGAUGGGCAUUGUAGGCACACUAAAAUUCUUGGGUGAAGCUGAAUUUAAAGAAGGUUAUUGGGCUGGUAUUCAGUUGGAUAUUAUCGGCUCCGGUAAAAAUGAUGGUUCCGUUAAAGGCACGCGAUAUUUUUCUUGUCCUGCAAAUACCGGUCUUUUCGUUUUGGCCAACAAGUUAUCUUCAUUGGAUGGUGACUCCGAUUCCGUGCGUUCCUUGUCUCCGCCCGCUGCUCGCUUGUCUCUCAGUAUGGAUAAUCCUAGUUCAAGAGCGGCUCGUUAUAUCGGCAUGACCGCCAAUCAACUUGUUCAAACUACUUCACCUAAAAAGAAGACUCGUACUCCACUCUCUGUACGUUCCACAUCCACUUCUUCACUUAAUACCCCUCUCACCUCUCCCGUUUCCGCAAACCGAAAUAGUCUGCGUCGUUCUCAGCCUUUGGUUCAAUCUCCGACUCCCACACACCACUACAACAGAUCCAUUCCUUCUCCCGCCAUGACGCCUACCCAUCAUGCCGAUAAUACCGAUGACUACUAUCUACUAUCAGACGAUAAUAGUAUGCUCAUUACAGAUACACCUAUCCCAGAGAACUUGGCUCUUUCUAAAUCAUUAACCACUGCCAAUAACAUGCACUCGCCAUCCACUUCUUCUUCUUCAUCAUCUGAGUCCCCCCAUGAGCGUUUAGAGCGUGUCAUGGGUGAAGCUAUUGCUCAAGCACCCGAUGAAACUGUCAUGCGUUUACAGCAACUCCAGUUGCGUGUUCAAGUACUAGAAGCAGAGAACAAGUUUCUUAAACUCGAAAACACUCAAAACAAGACAGCCGAACAGAUCCUGGAACGAUCCAUGGUCCUUAACCGCAAGGAAGGCGAACUAUUUACGUUGGAAGGACACAAGACUAUUGUGGCAGAGAUCAAGCAAGCACAUGCGUUGGAACAGUCUACUUGGACAGAACAACAAGUGACAACACAACAAGCGAUCCAACGCUUAGAGACUAAAGUAUUGCAAUUGGAAGCCGAACAGGUCUCCUUACAGACCGAACGAGACAAGGCACUCUUUGAGAUGAGUAUGGUUCGAAAGGAAAAAUCGUUGGCUCAACAACGUGUACAUGAACUUGAGAGCAAGAUGGCUGAAGCUGAAGCUGCCACAGCGGCUGCACAGGCUGGAGAACGUUUACAUUUGGAGAAAUGGAAAGCUUUACAACAUCAGAUGGCAACCUCUCCUUCUUCUCCUUCCUCUUCUUCUCAACAAUACUUUCAACCCGGUCAUGAUUCAGACACGGUGGAUCGUCAAAUGCAACUGGAGAUGGAAAUGGAGGAAGUACAUGAAAAGAUGAGCUCUUUACGUGACGCUGCUCGUGCCAAGGACAUGUUCUUAACCACCUUAUCAGAACAGGUCGAAACCUAUCGUAACGGCGUAGAAGAAAAGGAACGUGAGAUUCGUCGUAUCAAGGCAGAUUCAGAACGUCAUUCUCGAGAAAAGGAUCGUCUUCUUUUAGAGCUCAAGGAAGUUGAAACCAAAUGGUUGGCGCAUGGUGACUGCAGUUCAAAGGAAUCCUUUGAUAAGCUUCGAUCCGAAUUCGCUGUAGCCAAAGAGAAAUACGCACAAGAGUCCAAGGAGGCACGAGAACGUAUCAGUCAGUUACAGGAUUCAGUAGAUGAAUUAAAGCGUGCUGGUAUGGAAAGUCUUGAACUGUACGAGAGUUCUGUUGAGAUGAACAGAGUCGAUCGUGAAGCCAUGAAUGCCAGUUUAGCAGACGAACGUCGUCGUGUUGCUUCGUUGGAACUGGAACGUGAGGACCUGCGAAAGGCUGGUUUAGAUGCUAUUGAAGCGUAUGAAGCCACCAUUGAAGAAAUGAAGAAGGAUCGUGCCGCUCAGUUUGAAGAUCAUGCACAUCGUCGUGAUACCUUGCAAUCCACCAUCGAGACAUUAAAACAAGAAAUCGAUCAACUCAUCAUGAAUGUCGAGACAGAAGAGAAACAUGCGAUUCUAAAGGAUGUGUGGGAGAGCGAACGUAAACGUUUGACAGAUCAAAUUGAAGCCUUGGAACAUGACAAGAUCAGUCAUGAAGCUCUCAAGGUAGAAACUGAAAUUCUAAAGGACCAAUCCAAGGAAUCCGAAAGAUUACUCAAGGAGAAAUCCAAGCUAGAAGAACAGUUGGCUCGUUUGCAAUCGGAUUACGAUGAUCAGUUGGCUUCACGUACCAAAUACUUGGAUGAAGUCAGAUCAGCGGUCGAAAGUCAAAAGAAGACCCAAGCUGAAUUACGUCGUUUGACCGAAACCAAGGAAAAACUGGAACGUGAUCUGCUACAAGAGCAACAGCAACAGCAACAGCAACAACAAGAGCAACCCGCUGUGGGGGGAGAUGAGAAAUUACAUCAGUUGGAAAUCGAUACGUUCCGUAGUGAGAUUGAGAAAUUACAAGCACAAAAUGCCAUGCUGCUUAAACAAAAGGAACAAGCAGAACAAGAAAAACAAGAUGUGACACAAUACCAACACUUGAUUUCUUCCCUCAAAUCCGAUAAUAAAAAAUGGCAAAAAGACCACGGUAAAUUGGAAGAAGCCAAUAAAAAGAUGGAGGUCGAAUGUAUGAAAUUGAUGGAAGAAGUCGAGAAAUUACAUGGUCAAGUUAUCAGUCAAGAUGAAAUGAUUAAGCUGGAUCCUAAUGAUCAAGCGACGCUCUUGUUACAACAAAACCAAAAGAAAUUGGAAAAAUUAACCAUUGAACAUACAACAGAGCUUAGAAAGACAAAAGAAAAGGGUGAGGCUGUUGAAAAGGAACAAAAGAGACAAAUUGCCAUGUUAAAUCGUGAUAUCUCUGAACUCGAAAGUUUGAUUGAAAGCAAGAUCUUUAAAGAAGCUGAUUUAGAGGAAGCGUUAGAAAAGGAACGCAAACAAGUGAGCAAGUUGAAAUUGAUGAUUGAAGAUGCCAAAGAAGAUAAAAAGCAUAAGAGCAGUUUAGCGUCUCCUCCCACAUCUAUUGUCAAAUCACAUCAUUCCAACGAACCUUAUUGUGAGAUUUGUGAAGUCGUCGGUCAUGAUUUAAUCAGUUGUAAAGCCGUGUCUCUAUCCAAGGGAGACUUGGAAAGACCUUAUUGUGAAAACUGUGAAGAAUUCGGUCUUCAUUUUACAAAGAAAUGUCCAAACCAAAAUGAAACUUAUUAAUUUAUUUAUUUGAUACCUCCCCCUUUUUUUAUUAUUUAUUAUUAUUUUAAAAAGAAAAAAAUAACCACUCUCUCUCUCUCUCUCUUUUUUUUUUUUUUUUGUACAUUCCUUUUAUCUCUCCAUCUCUCUCCACACACAC